CCCAACUCAUGAAUGAACAAUCGACGACGAAUCUAUCAAAUAACCUCCCUCUUCGAACGUAUAACUGCUCCUGAUCCCCCUUCCUCCCUGCUCGUCUACCACCCUGCUCCCCAUGCGCCAUCCGCCUCAUGUUUUAAGCUCCUCCAGAUAAAAAAAGGGAUAUGCCGUGGACUGUAACAAAUUCAUUCAAGCGAGGUCUCAUGAUGAAAACGUACGGCCGAUCCCCCUGGCGCGUCUACGAUGACGACCAGCGCCCAGCUGCCAAAAAACGACGCGUUCUGUCCGAUCCCGAGUCCGACGACGCGGAAAAUAGCCUGCAAUAUGCCAUCCGCGAGUCGUCCCUAGCCGUACGAUCCAGUCCGUCGCGUCGCAACUCCGUCCUUCUCUCAGAGGGAACACAGGAUGAUGAUCUCUCGACGCCUCCCUCCUCCCCGCCACCGCGGCUGAGCCCCCCGCCGCAAAACACUCGCAAACCCACCUUUUCCUUUCUCAAACGCAAACACGCCACGACCACCUCCUCCUCCUCCACCAAUGGCUCGCCGCUCUCCGAGGUGAAUUCCAACAGCGUCCGCGCCUCCCUCGACCCGCCCACGAAAAAAGUGGGGACGCAACCGACCUUGAAGCAGAUGCAGCUGGAUUUGGGCCACGAAGUCCGCAAGACCUGUGCCACCUGUGGCAUGGAAUACGUCCCCUCAAAUGCCGAGGAUGCCGCCCUGCACAAGAAAUUUCACGACAUGAACUUGACCGGCGUGGAUCUGGGCAAGGCCUUUAUGAAGGCAAAUGCGUCCCGCUGGGUGUACGAAGCGACGCGAUUCGACGAGGGAUACGUGGUGAUUGUGGAUCGCAAGGCGUCUCCGACCGCCAAGAACCAGGCGAAGAAGGUCCUGGAGGUCAUCAGCAAGGAGCUUUCCUCCCCUGUCAUCGAAGACGAGGUGCUCUGGAGUCAGACGGAGACCCCCCAGCAUCUGCUCCAGGCCGGAUCCACAGAAAAGGUGGAUCGAUACAAGGUGUUUCUACAUAUGAAGGAUAGUCGGUGUGUGGGCGCGUGUCUGACCGAGCGCAUCUGGGAAUCCCAACCGGUGGACCGGGCAUCGGUGCAGGAGGAGGGCGCUGAUUCCGCCGUCACCGUCCGGGACGCGACCCACGCGGCGAUUGUAGGAAUUUCCCGCAUCUGGACCUCGGGCUCGUCGCGACGGAAGGGCAUCGCCAUGGAUCUGCUGGACUGUGUCGUGAGCAACUUCAUCUACGGCAUGGAAAUCCCCAAGGAACAGGUGGCCUUCAGUCAACCCACCCACAGCGGGAAAAACCUCGCCCAGGCAUUCUUUGGCGCAGAGAACGAAUGGCAUGUCUAUCAAGAAACUUAAUGAGCCAGCCGCCCUCCCUCUUCAUUUUUUUUUCCCCUUUUUCGUCUUGAAACCACUCGAUAAACCGGCGAGCUGAUACCCUUAUUUUUGUUUCUCGGGCAUUGGACCGUAAAGGGAGGAAUCCUGUGAGGAGCAUUUUACCUGGUUCUCUUUUUUUUUUUUGAGCUCUCUAUAUUAUUUAUUCGGUGUUUCUUGGAUGGGAGGAUUCUGGGGAUUGAUUUGAUUAUUUACGUUGGGAUCGUGUUUUGGGUUCUUUUGAUUCUCUCUGUACCAUAUAUAUCCCUACACUUCCAUCGUCAUUAGCAGUAUUAUUAUAUCGGAAAUCCAGGCAGAUUGCAGCAACAG